CCGUCACGCAUCUGAAACCCAAAACCUAACCCUAGAAACCCCAAACCCAGAAGAAAUCAAUCGAAAGUCUCUUCCUUUGGAGCCUUAAGGUGCAAAUGCUUUCUUCUGGUUGGCUUAAAGAGAACAACGAGAGGGUUCUGCUGUUAAAUGCUCUCUCUGUUUCUCUCCCUCGCAGCCCCUCCUUAUUUCAUGUCUUCAAUCACCGAUUCUCUCUGCUCUGCUGUUUCAGGGUCCUUGCAAACCCGAGACUCUGAUUUCUAUUGUAUACCAGUCUUUUCUUAUAUCGUUCCUAGCCGUCAAAGUCGAAAGCUUUCGGGGUUUCAUAUUCGAUCUCUGGGUGGUCGAGUUCGGUUUUGUACAAAAAAAUGAGUGAUUCUGAGCAGGUAAUUAUAUUCGGUUCAUUUACAGAGGAUGAAACCAGAUUAUUGCUGCAGAAGCAGAAGCAAUCAGCUGUGAAUGCUGAUAAGCCAGUACAAAAACAAGAGCUGCAAUUUGGUUCGUUGAAUUUUGCAGCUGGAGGAUCUUUGGCCAGUUCCCAGGGGGAAUCAAUUAAACAGCCAUGUUCUAUAAAUGGGCCAAUAAUUGCUCAGUCCUCAAAUUCACUGCCUCAAGAUGAUAAGAGCAAAAAAAUAGAAACAAACAACACACUUGUUACAUUUGGAGCUCCAAAAGAAAAUGGAAGUGUUAUGGGUUCAAGCUCUGGGUCUCUCCUCAGUAAUGGUGUGAAAGAACUGAAAGCAAACACCAUUGAUAUAGCUUCACUAAGCUUAUCACAAAAUGAAGGCAGUCACUUGAAUGAGUCUUCAAGCUCGAAAUUUCAUGUUCUUGACAAUGGAAGGUUAGAUGGCAUUGGACAAAAUGGGAUAGCUGAUGUUUCAUUAACAUGCAUGGGCAAAGUGGGUAGUAGCAAGGCAGCUAGUGAGCCUGUUCCUAUCGUUAGAAACUUGUUACCUCGAGGAAUAAUCAACUCUGGGAAUUUAUGCUUUCUCAGUGCAACUCUGCAGGCCCUCCUAUCCUGCUCCCCUUUCGUUGAGCUGUUGCAGCAAAUUAGACUUCAUCGCAUUCCUAAGGUUGGCUAUCCAACACUAAAUGCAUUUGUGGAGUUUAUUUCUGAAUUUGACAUGCAUGGCGAUUCUAACUUGAAGAAGAAAGAUGUGGCUGUCCUGGAAAUUGGUGGGCCUUUUAGUGCUGUCAUGUUUGAAGAUGUCCUUAAAGAUUUCACUCCUGGUGUGCCAAAUUGCAUAUCUGGCAGGCCAAGGCAGGAAGAUGCCCAAGAGUUUUUGAGUUUUAUUAUGGAUCAAAUGCAUGAUGAGUUACUAAAGCUUGAAGGACAAUCUGCCAGCAAUGGGACAAAGUUGUCUCUAGUUUCUUCUGCAGAAGACGAUGAAUGGGAGACAGUUGGUCCAAAGAAUAAAUCAGCUGUGACAAGAACGCAAAGCAUUGUUCGUUCAGAGCUUAGUGAUAUUUUUGGGGGACGGUUGAGAAGUGUAGUGAAGGCAAAAGGAAAUAAAGAUUCUGCUACCGUCGAACCAUUUCGCCUGCUUCACCUUGAUAUCCAUGCACAGGAAGUUCAUAAAAUUGAGGAUGCACUUCAUUUGUUCUGUGCAGCUGAACCUCUUGAGGGGUAUCGAGCACCAGCUUGGAAGGCUGGUGUUGUGACUGCCAGAAAAUCCAUUCAGAUACAGACACUUUCGAAGAUAAUGAUACUGCACCUCAAGCGAUUCGGUUAUGAAAGCCAAGGGAGCACCAAGUUGCUUAAGCCUGUUCGUUUCCCUCUUGAAUUGAUGUUGCGUCGUGAGCUGCUUGUCUCUCCCAAUACUACUGAGGGCCGGAAGUAUGAACUUGUAGCCACAAUAACCCACCAUGGAAGAGAGCCAUCCAAGGGGCAUUAUACUGCCGACGCCAAGUAUCCUAAUGGCCAGUGGCUACGUUUUGAUGAUGCCUCUGUCACUGCCAUUGGGACAAACAAGGUCUUGCAUGACCAGGCAUACGUCCUCUUCUACAAGCAAGUGUGAAAUGUCAUGCCAUAGUUUAUGGUAUACUAUUUCCUUGCUACCCUUGAUCGUGUAACAUUUGACCUGAUUCCGGUGCCGAGAUGGUUUUGUUUUAUAUUCGUGUGCUUGCAACAAUAAUGUUAGUUUGGAUCUUUACAGAGUUCUUUUUGUCUAAUUUAAAUACCAAAAAAUUUAAACAAAUUGUUGAUUUUUGU